AUUCUUUCACUUGUUCAUCUCUAGUCGUGUCGUGCAACAAUUCCGGCUCACAUGUGCAACACAUGCAAAAGCAAAGUAAACGAAUAGCAACAACGAAAGUAAAAUGCAAACUUUACGUGAAUUUACGCGUAAAACAAAGCGUGGCAAUGUCUUAAGGAUUGUCCGGGAGCAUUAUCUACGUGAUGAUAUUGGCUGUGGUUCGGAUUUGUGUCAGUAUUGCUUCCAAAACGAAGUGUAUCAAUUGACCACGCGACACCAAAUCAAUAGUACCCUCUUCAAGCAUCCACACUACAUUGUCCUGGACACAAAUGUGGUGCUAGAUCAGAUUGAUGUGCUUGAGGAGGAUGUCCUACACAAUGUGAUAGUUCUGAGCACUGUUCUUAAUGAAGUGAAGCAUAAGAGUUCCUCGAUUUAUAAGCGUUUUAAUGAGAUCAUACACGAUCGAUCCAGGAAUUUCUAUGUCUUUGUCAAUGAGCAUCACAAAGAUACAUAUGCCGACCGGGAGCCCAAUGAAUCUGCAAAUGAUCGUAAUGAUCGUGCUAUUCGCCUGGCCACAAAGUGGUAUGACACUCACUUAAUCAACUCCCAAUCGUCAAAGAGCUUUGAACGGAGUGGUCAGUCUACUACACGGGUAAUUCUAUUAACCGAUGAUGCCGGCAAUCGAUCCAAAGCAGAAUCUGAGGAUAUUUUGGUAGCCUCAGCUGCUGAGUAUGUGAAAUCUCUUGAAGAUUUCCCCCUUUUAGUAGACAAACUGUCGCAGAAGUCCUUUGAAAAUGAAAAGCAAGCUCGUCCUCAGUAUCCUCCACAUUUGAGCAUGAAGGAACUGCUUGAGGGUCUACGUCAAAAAAAAUACCUACAAGGAUCUUUCCAGGCUUCCCGUGAGAACUAUUUGGAGGGCAAUGUCAAUGUGGAGAAUUACGAGAAAGGGAUUCUUUUACAAGGACGAGAAUCAUUAAAUCGUGCUGUCGAUGGUGACAUAGUUGCCGUCGAACUGUUACCCGAAACUGAAUGGUCAGCCCCUAGUGAGAUUGUUCUGGAGGAGAAGAAUGUUUAUGCCGAUGAUGUGCCCAGUGAGGAGCGCGCCCAAGAGGAGCAGCAAGUGAAAAAAGCUGCCUUGGCGGCUGCUAAAACAGACGAACGUACACCGACGGGUCGCAUUGUGGGCAUUGUUCGUCGUAAGUGGCGUCAAUAUUGUGGCAUCUUGCAGCCCAGCCUAAUAGAGGACACCAAUCGGCAUAUUUUUGUGCCCGCUGACCGAAAGAUUCCCCGCAUCCGAAUCGAGACAAGACAGGCGGCUAAAUUACUAAAUCAGCGCAUCAUUGUCACUAUUGAUACUUGGCCUAGGAAUUCGCGUUAUCCACAUGGCCACUUUGUUCGCUCGCUGGGUCCAUUGGGUGACAUGGCCACCGAAAACGAGGUGAUUCUUUUGGAACAUGAUGUUCCGCAUUGCAAGUUUUCCGAGGAAGUAUUAAGUUUUUUGCCUCAAAUGCCUUGGACAAUUACACCAGAAGAUUAUGCCAAACGUGUAGAUCUUAGAGAUCUUUACAUUUGCUCAGUAGAUCCACCAGGUUGCACGGACAUUGACGAUGCCCUCCAUUGUCGCGACCUACCCAAUGGCAAUUUAGAGGUAGGAGUCCACAUAGCCGAUGUCAGUCAUUUCAUACGACCCGGCAAUGCUUUGGAUAAGGAGGCGGCAGCUCGUGGCACUACGGUCUAUUUAGUCGGCAAACGCAUUGAUAUGGUACCCGAGCUGCUUAGUUCCAAUCUCUGCUCUCUUGUUGGCGGUGUAGAGCGUUUUGCAUUCUCUUGCAUUUGGGAAGUAGACCAGGAAGCUAAUGUGCUAAAUAAACGUUUCCACAAGAGCGUCAUCAAAUCCAAGCGAGCCAUGACUUAUGAAGAGGCUCAAGUGAUGAUCGAUGACUCCAAUGAACAGGGCGAAAUAGCUAAAUCGCUGAGAAAUCUGAAUCGUUUGGCGAAAAUAUUAAAGAAAAGACGUAUGGACAACGGAGCUUUGGUCUUGGCUUCACCUGAAAUUCGUUUUCAAGUUGACAGUGAAACCCAUGAACCACUUGAGGUGGAGGCCAAACAAAUGCGAGACACCAAUUCCAUGGUGGAAGAGUUUAUGUUGCUGGCCAAUAUUACAGUAGCCCAGCAUAUAGCAGCCGAAUUCUCUGAAUGCGCUGUCCUUCGACGGCAUCCACGUCCUCCACCCACAAAUUUUGAUCCUUUGGUCAAAGCAGCACGCUAUCAAGGCUUCGAGGUGGACAUUGAAUCCGGCUUGUCACUGUCCCAUUCAUUGGACAAAUGUGUCAAAGUGGAUAAUCCCUAUUUUAAUACUAUGAUUCGUAUCCUUACUACACGAUGCAUGAUGCAAGCUGUGUACUUCAUCAGUGGUAGCCUACAGAAAGAAGAGUUCUUCCAUUAUGGUCUUGCUGCGUCUAUUUAUACACAUUUCACUUCGCCGAUUCGUCGGUAUUCUGAUAUAAUGGUACACCGUCUGCUGGCCGCAUCUAUUGGAGCAGAUAGCACUUAUGCUCAGUUGUUGGAGCGCAAAUCCAAUGAGGAAUUAUGCAAUAAUCUCAACUAUCGACAUAAAAUGGCACAGUAUGCCGGUCGAGCAUCGGUGGCUCUUAACACGCAUCUCUUUUUCCGCGGCAAAGAAGAAGACGAAGAGGGCUAUGUUUUGUUCGUACGCAAGAAUGCCCUUCAAAUUCUCAUCCCGAAAUAUGGUCUAGAGGGUACUUUGUAUUUGAAGUCGGAUAAAGAUGGCAAAGAUGGUCUGGAGCGCAUUAAAAGCGAAAUCGUUUUCACUUUCAAUGAGGAGGAUCAUACACAACGUUGCGGCAAUGUCGUUUUUCAUUCCUUUGAUCCAGUGACUGUACGCCUUAGUCUUGACUCGAGAAAUGUACAGCAUGAAAAAUUGGUUUUCCGCCUGGUCAAACCUUACAUUAAGGGUUUCAGUGUGGAAUUGGUGAAAAUGGAAGUUGAAGGGGAAACGCCAACCUGCCCACCAACAAAGAAAUCCAAAAAAGAUAAGAAGAAAAAAUGAUUAAGAUCUUAAUCUUCUAAAUUAAGUCGCAAAGUUAUGAUUGAAUUUUUUUGUACACAUUUUAAAAUAUAGUUUUGAAAUGACUUGGAA